AUGGGCACCACCAAACCUCGCCCUUCCGGCCGGGCUUCCGUCGCCAAGGUCCAGUCUCUCCCCGACAAGACAUUCGUCAUCGAUAAUGGCGCAUACACCCUGAAAGCCGGCUAUGCGCCGGACUCUGCACCUCCAGAGGACCAAUCGAAAGCGCUUGCAGCUUGCACCGAAAUUCCAAAUGCGAUCGUCAAGACCCGUGGCAACAAGAUCUACGUCGGCUCUCAGCUGAACACACAUGUGACGGACUGGAACGAGAUGAUGUUUCGUCGUCCCGUUGAGAAGGGCUACAUUGUGAACUGGGAGGCUCAGAAGGAGAUUUGGGAGCACUCGUUUUUCGAUGAGAAGACCGUGCGCAGUAAGGAUUUGCGGAUUACGGAUCCCGAGGACACGACGUUGUUGUUGACGGAGGCGCCGAAUGCAUUGCCGGCGCUGCAGAAGAAUGCAGAUGAGAUUGUCAUGGAGGAGUGGGGGUUUGGAGGGUAUCUUAGAUGCGUUGGACCAUCGAUGAACGCUUGGAAUGAUGUCCAGUCGCUGUUCGGGGAUCCUAUUGUGCAGGAGGCAAACACAACGGUGUCUCCAAAGGAAUGCUUAUUGGUGGUCGAUUCGGGUUACUCUCACACCACCGUGACACCGAUUUACAAAGGACAGCCGCUUCAACGUGCCAUUCGCAGACUCGACCUUGGUGGCAAGCAUCUUACGAACUACCUGAAGGAAAUGGUUUCAGUACGGCAGUACAACAUGGUGGACGAGACUUAUAUCAUGAAUGAGGUCAAGGAAGCUGUCUGCUUUGUUAGCAACAACUUCGUCGGCGACAUGGAACAGACGUGGAAAGGCAACCGGAAACGCGGCCUGCCAGACCCCAGCGAGGGGGUGAUGGUGGACUAUGUCCUUCCUGAUCCCAAUGCAGGCAAGAAGGGCUUCAUGCGACCGCAUGAUGCUCUCUUGAACGCCAAGAAAAGGAAAGGAGGUUUGUCGGGGGCCAGCGCGGAAGCACUGUCGGAAGACGCUCUGGUCUUGGGCAACGAGCGCUUCGCUGUUCCGGAGAUCUUGUUCACUCCCAGCGACAUUGGCAUGAAGCAGGCUGGCAUUCCGGAUAUUAUCAUGCAAAGUCUUUCUGUCUUGCCUACCGGAUUGCAUCCCGCGUUUCUGGCCAACGUUUUGGUCGUCGGUGGCAAUGCGCUACUCCCAGGAUUUGUGGACAGACUGGAGUCGGAAUUGCGCCAACUGGCUUCCGCGGAAUGCGCUGUCCGGGUGAAAUGCCCGCAAGAUCCGAUUCGCUCCGCCUGGUUGGGGGCGUCCCGAUUUGCUACUAAUAAAGACGAACUCCGGAAAGUCGCCAUCACCCGGCAAGAGUACCAAGAGCACGGUUCUUCUUGGGCAAGUCGGAAGUUUACUGGUGCUAUAUAAAGUUCAGCGGGCAAUGGCUGUCUUGGUGGAGUUCAGGAUUUUGCAUUGAUUGGAGUGUUACGGGGUUUGAUGAGGGAUGCUUGCUUUCCCUGCUUGCUUGCCUGGGUGCUGUUCGGUGUUUGUCUUCAUACUUUUUAGCGAUUCUCUG